GAGGGAUUGAAUGGAUUGGAUUAACGCCAUAGCCAACAGCAGCAGCACCAGCUCCACCAGCACCGUCACCUCAAGCAACAUCGCCAGUUGAUCAAAACAAUAAUUCAUUACCACGAGAGAGAACAGUUGUGUGCCAGUGCUCGUAUUAAACGGUCGGAUUUCUUGUGUCUGCGAUCAAAUCGGAGAGUGCCAAACCUUGUUUUAAUUUUUUUUUUCUAAAUUUAAUUGUGAUCAGCAAACCUAACCACAUUACUGCUAGCUAAGCAAGAUAUCUUUUCAAAGCUACUUCAACAAAAUAAACUCAACAAUGAAUACUUGGCAAAUAUUUGUAAGCCUAUUGUCCAUUGUGGCAGUAUCGGCCAAAUCAGCAGAAAAAAACACUCGCAUUGAAGCCAUAGCCUAUGUGACAGGAACUUCGACAGCCACUGGAAAUGUCACAUUCAUACAGAAUGGCUGUGGUGAAAAUGUCCAUGUACGUGUUUACAUUACCGGCUUGACACCUGGUAAACAUGGUUUCCAUGUCCAUGAAAAAGGAGACUUGACAAAUGGCUGCCUUAGCUUGGGAGGUCAUUUCAAUCCUGACAAGAUGGAUCAUGGCGGUCGCAGUGAUGAAGUUCGUCACGUCGGUGAUUUGGGUAACAUUGAAGCCAAUGCCGAUGGUGUAGUGGAUACCACAUUCUCGGAUCAUUUGAUCAGCCUGACUGGUCCCCGCACCAUUAUUGGUCGUGGUCUUGUUAUACACGACAAUGUGGACGAUUUGGGCAAGACCACUCAUCCGGACUCCAAGAAAACUGGCAAUGCUGGUGGCCGUGCUGCCUGCGGUGUUAUUGGUGUCAACCCUAAUUAUCCGCCUUUGCCUUGUACUCCAUCAUUGAGUCAACAAUCGCCAGCACCACCACAACAACCACCGCAUUCAUCAUAUCAGCCCACAUUUUAUGUACCCCAUGAUAAGCCCAAGGAUCAUGUUGUUUAUCCUUUACUCUCCUCCCCAUCAUAUCCUUAUACUCAUGUUGGCUAUCCCCCCUCCUAUCCAUACCAUUAUCCACAGCCAUAUCAUUAUCAGCCUUCCUAUCCAUAUUUCUAUUAGAAAAUGUAUCUUGAAAUUCAACAAAAGUGAACGUUGGGUGUUUGUGUCUUUGGGUCCAUA